AUGUCGAAGAGCGCACAACAUGCUAAUCAAAGCGCACAUAUGGCCCAUACUAGUGCUCAACACGCCAAUCAAAGUGCUCACAGAGCAAAUCUUGGAGGACAAAUGAGGAGCAGCAACCCUCCAUCUCACAAUAUGCAAGCUCAGCGUGCAAAUCAGAAUGUUCACCAUUCUAACCUUGGCAUGCAAAUGCACAAUCAACAAAUGGCAAGACAUGAUCUCAAUACGAAGAAUUAA